UAAAAGACCCUGUUGGAGGAAGAAGAUCAUAAAAUAGAAAGCAACAAGAAGAAGAAGAAGAAGAAGAAAAACCAAAAUCUUCCACUUCCACAAGAAAGUAAAAAAAAAGAAAAAAAACCAACUUUCAAAUAAAAGUGUAAACUUACAAACACCUACCAUAUGUCCCAGCUAUGUUAGCAACCGGACGAAACCUGAGAGAAACAGAGACGAAACCUGAGAGAAACAGAGCUCUCCAACAACAAGACGAAAUAAAAUAAUUUUAUAUAGGUACUAAAUUUGAUUGAGGAGUUGUACGGAAUUUUUGAUGCAGCCGCCAUGGGAUUUAUCUCGUCUCUUUUGGCGUGUUUGGCGCACAGAUGGGGACGUGGAAAACAUGGCGGCUCAGAAAGUGGCGGUGGUGGUGGUGGUGGUGGUGGUGGAGUUGACCAAGCUGACGAAGGUGUUGACUUUUCUUGGAAUCUGUUUUUCGAACUCCGUACUCUGCAAAUCGCUACCAGUUUCUUCUCCGACCUUAACAAACUCGGUCACGGAGGUUUCGGUCCCGUUUAUAAGGGGUUGAUGCCAAAUGGUCAAGAAAUAGCAGUGAAGACGCUAUCAGUAGAUUCACGGCAGGGAGUGAGAGAAUUCACCAAUGAGGUGAAGCUGUUACUGAAAAUUCAGCACAAGAAUCUUGUAACUCUACUUGGUUGUUGUGUGGAAGGACCUGAGAAGAUGCUAGUUUAUGAGUACUUGCCCAACAAAAGCCUCGAUUAUUUCCUAUUUGAUAAAGAGAAGUCUGCCUCACUGGAUUGGACUACAAGAUUUCGCAUAAUUACAGGUGUGGCUAGAGCUCUUCUCUACUUGCAUGAAGAGGCUCCCACAAGGAUCAUUCAUAGAGACAUUAAAGCCAGUAAUAUAUUAUUAGAUGCAAAGCUGAAUCCAAAAAUCUCAGAUUUUGGCUUGGCAAGACUCUUUCCUGGUGACGACACCCAUUUGAAUACAUUCAAGAUUUCUGGUACUUAUGGUUACAUGGCCCCUGAAUACGCAAUGCGUGGAUAUUUAUCUGUUAAGACAGAUGUUUUCAGUUAUGGAGUCUUGGUGUUGGAGAUUGUUAGUGGAAGAAAGAACCAAGAUAAGCAGCUUGGGGUAGAAAAGGCAGACCUCUUGAGUUAUUCAUGGAAGCUAUAUCAAGGAGGGAGAGCAAUGGAAUUGGUCGACCCUACCCUGACCAAAUGCAAUCGCGACGAGGCAGCUAUGUGCAUUCAGCUUGGAUUGUUAUGUUGUCAAUCCAUAGUAUCAGAUAGGCCGGACAUGAACUCCAUUCAUCUAAUGCUUUCCAGCGACUCAUUUACUUUGCCGAGACCAGGAAAACCCGGAAUUCAAGGCCGUACGGGGCGGUGGACGACUACCACUACUUCGGCUUUCACUAGCACUAAUGCCAGUACCGCUUACACUGGUAACACAAAAGCUUCUGCUGGUAGUAGUUUUGUUGAGGACUAUUCCAGAAAUUCUAUAUCUUUUUCUUCUAUUGAUGAAGGUAGAUGACCUUUGAGUUGUAUAGUGUGGUUAGCUCUAUUUAUGGUAUAUAUUAAAUUUUGUUUUUCUUUUUA